CUCAGACAUUCGCUCCGACAUCGCGACAGCGCGCCUGUCUGCUGUGGCUUUACACAACUGGCAUCCUACCGCGCAGCGAAGCGACACCGCGCUCGCCUGGUUUACUGUGCAAUGUCAGCGUAUCCUCCGGACUCCAAGAGUUCCGUGGUCGACGAUCCCCUCUCCUUCCAGCACAACCAGCUCACUCACGACUUCUCUCUUGACUUCAUGAACACCCACGCGUCUGCACCUCCCGCCAUGCAGGCCGUAUCCGCACCCACCACCCUUAACCCCUUCGACAUGACAUCUCAGUAUCCGGCAAAUCCGGAGACCGCCCCAUCAUCGUUGCCCGGUAGCCACGGCCAUACUCCCCCCUCAUUUUCUCCCCCGAUGGAUGGGACUUCCAGCAACGCGGCGAUGAUGGCAGGUUUCAGCAACGGAGCUUUCGGCAUGCAGAGCGCAUUCGAUCCGGUGCUGAACGCCAUGAACGGCGGUCCCGGUUCUACGCAUUCGUCCCCUCCAGUAUCAGCACCACCGAUGGGUGCGUCAGACGGACUCGGCGCCCAGAUGGCCUACGGCACUCCGAACACGACCUCUCUCGGCAUGGAGCCUCCCCUCACCCAUGCAGACCCCCUCCCCCUUCAGUCCACGCCCACCAUUCCUGCCCAUCCGAAUUUUAUGGGCGUGCCGCACACGCCCGAAACGUUGCACUCCGCGUUCCCUCCCGACUCCGCGAGCGUCAUGUCCAUCAAGAGGGAAGAGGCCGCAUCUGCGCAUCUCGCGGCUGCGAUGGCCAGCAUGGCGCCCGUCUCACAGCUUGAGAGCGUCAGAAGUAGUCCUCAGAACAGCGACACAUCCUCUGGCGCGACUGAUCGGGCGGCGGUCCUUUCUGGCUUGAGCACCCUCAUCGAUCAGGCCGCCUCUGCGAGGGACGCUGUUGCGCGCUGUGACCAUGUGGACGACGAGGUCAAGACGCGGGUGGAUGUCCUGGCUAACCUCGUCUCGCGAGUGCAGGAAUCGAUGACGGGUCUUUCUCUUCGGGACUCCCCUCCCGCACAACAUAUAGGCCCGGAGAGUAGCCCUCCGCUGAUGCAGGGCAAUGGGAUGUCAUUAGCGCAGGCUGACAUGGCUAGCGCCAUGCACCAAGCAGUCAACGGCGUCGCCGGCUCGCGGAAACGCCCAGCGCUGUCGAACUUGGAGGAGGAGCCUCAUCUGAAGCAGCUCAAGCAUGAGCAGCCCGAUGACGUACCGAUGUCGUUCGUGUCCUCCCAGUCGCUCGACAAAUCCUCCAUAUUCCCCAAUCCCAUCCCCGUUCAGCAGCCUCUUCCUGUACAGACGAACAGCCUGCCGCUACACUCGCCUCCAGUGUCCUCCUCGUCGGGCGGUUCGUACUUCGAACCCCAGUACGCGUCUCACCCUUCGAGUACUGGUGUGCCGGAUAUACCUACCCUUCCUCCACCCCCGCACACGCAACUCAUGCCCUACCACGACCCAUCCUUCAACAACAAAAUGCCUGCUUUCAAUCGCACGACGUCUGACCUCUCACAUACGAUGACGACUCGGCAUCAGCAUUCCUUGUCUGCAGGUUCUCGGUCAACCCUACCUGGUUUGUCCCUUUCAGGGCCACCGACACUCUCGAUGGAAUCGGCUCAUAUGCAACAUCUAGGGCACUACCCGCCUGCUAUGGCUAUGGCAGACCACCCGCCGCUACCGCAACAGCCGUUGAUGACCCGCAUGCACCGUUCCGGCUCCCUUGGCAGCGCUUACCCUCCAUCUAGCUAUGGUGGCAACUUCGACUUCCGGCCGCACGACAACGUGAUGUCGACGCUGCACUCAUCAGCGAUGGUGAAGCCGCCGCCGCUCAUCCCCGAGCAGCACGCCGCGUUCAUGUCAGCGCAGACGACCAUGUCGCACUGGGUAGACACGCGUGGGCAGCCGAACUUUGGCGGUGUGACAUUGCCUGGCGGGACGGUGGAUGAGGAGGAUGAGGACGACGAUGAUGGGGAGGACAAUGAGCGCCCUAGGACGUCUGCUUCCACGACGGCCCUCGACGGCGCGUAUCUCUCUGCCUCUGGGUCUGAUGUUCCGCAAGAGUAUCGGGCGGACGUCGAUCGCAUCUUCUUUGAGUUCUUGAACAAGAUCUGCUCCAACUUGCAAGCCACGGAUGCAAAGGGGGAGUCCAUUCACCAGACUUUGAUGGCGAAGAAGAUGGCGCGGUUAGACGAGUCCCCUGACUUCCGUCCAUUCAAGUUCCGCAUACAAGCCUUCACGAAUGCCUUUUUGGAGGAGCUUGCGCGGCAAGGGUUCCCCGAGGAGAAGAUUCCCAUGAAGAAGGUCCGGAACUACCUCUGGCGGCAGCAGUACAUCCUCCGCUUUAACGAGGACGGUAAGAAGGCGAAGUCCAAGGGCAACCACAUCUGGAACGUCGAGGCGAAGAAGUCGGGCGAUGGCAAGUGGGAGUUCCGGCCGUUCCACCGCAAGAUUGCAGGUUCGCCACCAGGUGUCGCCUACAUCGGGCUGCAUUGGGAGUGGACGCCACGGAUAUGGGACCCGCAGGCAUCCUGGCAGAAUAUCCCUGUCCACUAUAGCUCGCCAUCCCUACCCUCCUGGCUAUCAUGGAAAAAUGACAUUCUGUCCGGGACCCCGCCACAGGGCGCAGAGAGCUGUGAUAUCACGACGUAUGCAAAGUUUGUGCUCGAUGGACAAGAGGGUAUUCUUUCCCAUACCUUCCACCUCAACAUCGCGCCGGCCGUGCCGACUGUGUCCCCUGCAUUCACUUCGCCGGCGCGCCCUGUUGCCGAGUUCUCACGCCGCACACAAAGCGACAGCAUACUGCCCACCUCACAGAGGGUUUCUCUGCCCUUCUCGGUCGCUGCGGUAGACGAGCUGUCCGUAGUCAAGCAGGUACUCGUCGAGGCGACGAAGAGCGUUGCGGAGAAGAAGGAGGCCUUGCAGGCAGUGACCUCCGUCAUGCACCUCUCGCCGUCCGACCCCAAGCAGAGCGAGAUCAACUCGUUGUCGGACCAGAAGCGCGUGCUCGAGGCGCUCACGAACAUGACGGACCGUCAGCUGUGCGGUGAAGGCAGCGACCUCGCCGCGAAGGCGAAGGACCUCGUCGUGCAGGGUGCGCACGUCGUGCUGGUCGAGGAGAGCAUGGCCACCGGGUUGUCGCCGCCUCCGGACACGCCUGUCGUGCACAGCGUGACCGUCGCGAAGAUGGCCAACGUGACGGAGGGCGCCAUCGCUGAGUCAGUCAACCGCGGCGUGGGCACCAGCACUUCCCUCAUGGAUAUCGUGCGGCAGGCCAUCGGUUUUGCACGCAUGCUAGGAGGCCGCGCGGGCCGUCAAAUCAUGCCAGGUGCAUAUCGUUUUAUCCCUUCUCUCUCCGGCCAAGGUAUCCCAGCACCGAACUGACUCUUGCCAUGACCUAGAACGAUGACUAGACUGUGCCGGACUGGAUCCGCUGCUGCUAUGCUCCCAUUAACUCUAUCUACGGGGUGCGGUGUGUACUUCUUGCUUUCUCUGGGUUUAUGUUGCUACCA